AUGUCCAUGGACACAGAACUAAAGGUCAAAGAAGAAAUAGAAAGGUUGCUCAAGGCAGGAUUCAUCAAGCCAGCCAUCUAUGCUGAUUGGCUAGCUAAUAUUGUACUAGUUCUGAAAAGAAAAACCAGGGUAGUUAGAAUCUGUGUGGAUUACAGAAAUCUAAAUGAAGCUUCUCCCAAGGAUGAGUACCCUAUGCCAAUGGCAAACAUGCUAGUAGAUGGAGCUGCCCACAACCAGAUGCUAUCUUUUAUGGAUGGCAAUGCAGGUUACAAUCAGAUCAUGGUGGCAGAAGAAGACAUCCACAAGACAGCCUUCAUGUGUCCAGGACAUAUAUGUGCUUUUGAGUACACUGUAAUGCCUUUUGGCUUAAGAAAUGCAGGAGCUACUUAUCAAAGGGCAAUGAAUUCUGUUUUCCAUGAUAUGAUAGGGCAUUCUUUGGAAGUAUAUUGA